CCACUCCUCUAGCCUUAACAUAAUUACUUGUGAGUACCUGAGUAUUUUUUUAUUUCAGUUAUUUCUUUGAUUCUCUCAGGCAACAACUCUUAUGACAGCGAUUACCAUAAUGGCAUAGAAAAUCGUAAGUCAACGGACUAGUUGCAGAACAGGGGAUUGGUUGUGAAAGAGGGUGAUGCAUGAGUCAACGAACUAGCUGAAGAACAUAUGGCAGCCAUUACCAUAAUGGCAUAGAAAAGAGUAACGUAUUUACUGCGUGUCAUAAUUUAACAAAUGGAAGCAUUUACUACUCUCCAACAAACUUACAGGCUCUCUUCUCUAUAUAUGCAUGCCCUCCUCUUGUUCAAAACCCCAUUCCACUCUCCCUUUAUCUAGCUUAAUUAGUCUCUGUAACAAAAAGAAUAUAUACAAACAGAUUCACAUGGGUGACAAAGAGAAGAUUAUGUUGAAAUUUUGUUGCUUGUUGUGGGUGUUGGUGAUUGGCAUGUUGUGGAAUGUCACGGCAGAAGACUACAACGAAGACGAUGGUGGCAUGGUAGAUGCGUUUGCUCCCGAUGCAGUUGGGGGAGGGAUGGUUCCCGCGAUAUUUAUAUUUGGAGACUCGCUAAUUGACAAUGGGAACAACAAUGAUUUGACUUCUUUUGCAAAGGCCAAUUAUUAUCCUUACGGCAUUGACUUCAAUGGAGGUCCUACUGGUCGAUUCUCCAAUGGUUACACCAUGGUUGAUGAAAUAGCGGAAUUGCUAGGGUUGCCACUAAUACCAUCCUACUCCCAAGCAUCAAGUUCUGGCGACCAAAUGGUUAACGGUGUCAAUUUUGCUUCCGCGGCCGCUGGAAUCCUUGAUAUUACCGGCCGGAAUUUCGUGGAUCGCCUCCCAUUCAACCAACAGAUUAAGAACUUCGAGGACGCAUUGGAUCAAAUAGCGGAGCACUUGGGUGCAGUGGAUGUGAGUCAGGUGCUCUCUCAAAGCCUGUUCUUUGUUGGAAUGGGUAGCAAUGACUACCUAAACAACUAUCUCAUGCCAAAUUACCCUACGCGCAACCAAUAUGACGGCCAACAGUUUGCAGACCUCUUGUCCAAGGAGUACACUAGUCAACUCACUAAACUUUACAAUCUUGGAGCCCGGAAAUUUGUUUUGGCUGGGAUAGGACUGAUGGGCUGCAUUCCAAGCAUCAUUGCACAAGGAACGACAGGGAAGUGCUCCGAGGAUGUGAACCAGCUUGUUCUCCCAUUCAAUGCGAACAUGAGGACAAUGAUUAACAACUUAAGCACCAAUCUCCCUGGUUCAAAGUUCGUAUUCGUUGACGUUCAUAAUAUGUUUCAAGAUAUACUUUCUAAUGCAAAAUUUUAUGGAUUACGUGUGGUGAAUAGAGGAUGUUGCGGGAUAGGUAGAAAUAGAGGGCAGAUAACAUGUUUACCAUUCCAAACACCGUGUCCGAACAGGAGUGAGUAUGUGUUUUGGGAUGCAUUUCACCCAACAGAAGCAGUGAAUGUAUUGAUGGGACAGAAAGCUUUUAAUGGUCCUCCUGAUUUUGUUUAUCCCAUGAACAUUCAGCAACUAGCAAACAUUUGAUGAUGUACUAAAUAAAUCCUCUAUGAUGAAGAUCUAUGUUUAUUUGAUGCUCUAUCCAUUCCCAGAGUGGAAAGUAAAAC